AUGCCUCAAACCAAGCCCGAGGCGCCUGGCGCUGUCACUCCUCAGAGAAAGAUUGAGCUCUUCUCUGGCACCUACUUUGCUGCUUGCACAUUGGGUGGAAUCAUUGCAGUCACACCUCUCGAUCUCGUCAAGUGCCGUCGCCAAGUAGACAGCAAGCUCUACUCAUCCAACACCCAAGCCUGGCGCACGAUUUUCCGCAAAGAGGGACUUCGCGGUGUCUUCUUUGGAUGGUCUCCGACUUUCAUCGGAUACUCGUUCCAGGGUGCCGGCAAGUACGGCGCCUAUGAGUUCUUCAAGUACACAUAUGGCAACAUGUUCCCCAACACCAACCAGACCGUUGUCUACCUCGGUGCUUCUGCCACCGCAGAGGCCAUUGCCGAUUUGUUCCUGUGCCCGUUCGAGGCCCUCAAGGUCCGCAUGCAGACCACCCUGCCGCCAUUCGCCUCGAACCUGCGCGAAGGCUGGGGCAAGGUCGUCGCACAAGAAGGCUAUGCCGGUCUCUACAAGGGCCUUUACCCUCUCUGGGCUCGCCAGAUCCCUUACACCAUGGUGAAAUUCGCAACUUUCGAGUCCGCCGUUGCGCAAAUCUACAAGCAGCUCGGUAGUCCUAAGGAGAGCUAUGGCACAUUAGCUCAAACCGGUGUCUCCUUCCUCGGUGGUUACAUUGCUGGUAUCGGUUGUGCUGUUGUCUCCCACCCUGCCGACGUCAUGGUCAGCAAAUUGAACAGUGACCGCAAGGCCGGCGAAGGUGCUGGCCAGGCCGUCAGCAGAAUCUACGGUCAGAUUGGCUUUAAAGGCCUGUGGUCGGGUGUGGGUUUGAGAAUCGUCAUGAUUGGCACUCUGACCGCUUUCCAGUGGUUGAUCUACGAUUCUUUCAAGGUCUCUAUCGGUCUGCCUACUACUGGUGGUCACUAA